ACAGAAACUUCCAAGCUACAGAUUAGAAUAUUGCCAAAAGAUUAACAAGUUGUGUCAGAAAACACAGUUUCUUUAAAUCGAAAAGCGUUAAAAUUUAUGCAACUCAGCUUUUCAAAAGGCUGCUUUUGAGUUCAACUACAGGAAGAAGAAGAACCAGUGGAGAAGUGCCUAACUCUUCUCUGUAUCGUCCAGGCUAAAUGGCAGGAGAACCAGUUAAUGUGAAUGAAUUCCAAGAGCUUGCUAGGCAAGCCCUUCCGAAGAUGUACUAUGACUACUAUAAUGGAGGAGCUGAGGACCAGCACACCCUAAAAGAAAACAUAGAAGCAUUUCGUAGAAUCACUAUUCGACCUAGAAUACUUGUUGAUGUGAGCAGGAUAGACAUGUCAACGGCUAUACUCGGUUACAAGACAUCCGCUCCUAUUAUGAUUGCUCCAACUGCCAUGCAUAAAUUGGCACACCCUGAAGGAGAAGUUGCAACAGCUAGAGCCGCUUCAGCAUCUGAUGUUAUUAUGGGACUUUCAUACAUGUCAACCUGCACACUGGAGGAGGUUGCAUCUAGCUGCGAUGCUGUUCGCUUCUUCCAAAUAUAUGUUUACAAAAGGAGGGAUAUAACAGCACUUAUGGUACAAAGAGCUGAGAGGAAUGGGUUUAAGGCUGUUAUUCUUACUGCUGAUACCCCGAGGCUUGGUAGAAGGGAGGCAGAUAUAAAGAAUAAGAUGGUUGCACCACAGUUGAAGAACUUCGAAGGUCUUAUAUCAACUGAAUAUGUUAAUGACAAUGGCUCAAAUAUUGAAGCCUUUGCUGCUGGAACUUUUGAUGCUUCGCUGUGUUGGAUGGAUAUAGCGUGGUUGAAAUCAAUUACCAAGUUGCCAAUUCUGAUUAAGGGCGUUCUGACUUCUGAAGAUGCAAUAAAAGCAGUUGAAGUAGGAGUUGCAGGAAUUAUUGUCUCUAACCAUGGAGCUCGGCAACUAGAUUAUGCUCCAGCUACUAUUUCUGUUCUUGAAGAGAUUGGUCGAGCGGUUGUGUAUGGCCUGGCUGCAAAGGGGGAGCAUGGGGUAAAGCAAGUUAUUGAAAUGCUCAAGAAUGAACUUGAGUUGACAAUGACCCUUUCUGGUUGCUGUACUAUCAACGACAUCACCAGAAGCCACGUGAAAACAGAUAAAGAAAUAUACUGUAGGAUGUAGUUUCGUCGUGGAAGCAGCUAAGUAUAUCCCUUAUAUACAGGGCAUAGCUCCGACUCUACAAUUGUUUCACAUUAUGUGAAAUUUUUAUGAAGCUGGUGGAUGAUUUCUGCUUUCCCUUAAUCCUUAAUUCGUAAAAUCGGCAAGUUAAAUAAAUCUUGUUCUUAUAUGGACAAACAUAACUCAGAGUGGCUGGACAAGCAGCUCCAGGGGAUUAAAAAAAUGUUUCAGCAUACAGGAAAUAUGUUGGAAGAUCGGUCACAAGUCACGAGCAAUCCGUCAUUUCUCUAUACGAGCUUAGACACAGCUAGUCUUCUAAAUACAGUAAAUGUGUACUCAGACUUUAUGCCUUGCUGCUAGUGCUGAACAAUAUGUUGUAAAGACAACUUCAGAAAGAAUGAAGGUGAUGCGGUUCAUAACAUUUGUUACCUUA